AUGGAUCAACAAGAAUACAAGAUGCUUGGUGACAAAUUUUACACAUACAAAGGAAUGGUGUUACCUACAAAUGGCAUUCAUUUAAAUUCUCCAGAAUAUAUUGACAGUUUGAGGGAUUUUGAAAUAAGGGAUGAUGACGUCUUUGUCGUUACCUUCCCGAAAUCUGGAACGGUAUGGAGCCAGCAAAUCCUGACCUCACUGUAUGAAGAAGAUUUCCCAGAUCAAGUAAAUCAAACCAUAUAUGAGCGAAUGCCCUGGCUGGAGCUUUUGCAGAAGGGAAAAGAUUACACCUCACGUCCGUCCCCAAGACUCUUCUGUACCCAUUUACAUGAGCACCUGGUGCCCAAAGGAUUGCAAGGAAAAGGAAAAAUCAUCUACAUUAUGAGAAACCCAAAAGACAUCAUGGUGUCCUACUUUCAUUUUUCCAAGAACAUGAAAAAUUUUGAACCUUUAGAGAGCUACGCUGACAUGAUGGAUAAGUUUUUCAUAGGACGAAUGCUCGGUGGAUGUUGGUUUGACCACAUCAGAGGAUGGAUCUCAAAUCAAGACAAAUACAACAUCUUGUUCUUGACUUAUGAAGAGAUGAUCAAGGACCUCAGAUCCGUCAUUGUGAAAAUCUGUAAGUUUCUUGGGAAGAAUCUGUCAGAUGCAGCGAUUGAUAAAGUUGUGGAAAAGGCGACUUUUAACAACAUGAAGCAAGACCCAAAAGCAAACUAUGAAUUCAUGCCAAAGGCUGUCACAGACCGACCAAAAGGACUAUUUGUGCGCAAAGGAACAAUUGGAGAUUGGAAGAACUCAUUAACUGUAGCUCAGAAUGAACGCUUUGACCGCGUCUACCAAGAGAAAAUGAAGGGACUACAACUUAACUUCAUCUGGGACAUCACUGAAUUAAAUAACUGAACACAAACAGUGUAUAUUAGUACACUAUAAAACCCUCAAAUUCAGAGUACUCAAAACUUUUGUGGAAACCGAUCAUCUAAAAACAUUUAAAGGAAAACACCACCAUUUUUCAAUAUUUUACUAUGUUUUUACCUCCACAGAUGAAUAAAUACAUAUACCUAUAUUUUUUCAAUGCGUGCACUUAAUCUUUGUACAGCGCCUUGUGAAUGUGUUAGCAUUUAGCCUAGCCCCAUUCAUUCCUUAGGAUCGUCUAUGUUUUCUCUUUUUAAAGACUGUUACAUGAGUAGUUACACAAGUAAGUAUACAGUGGCACAAAAUAAAACCUGGUGAUUUUUUAAACAAAUUUUUUUUAGUUAUCAUUUUUUAUCCGCGGUGAUGUUUUCCUUUUAGUAAACAACUUGAAUGUUUUAAGUGAAUAAUGUUGUAAAUUACAAUUAAUCCAAACUUGAAAGUUUAUAUUUCAUUGUAUCUAAUAUUUAACUACACUAUAUUUAAAAUAAAUAACUGUUUUAGUGUUUA